AUGUCGACCGCUCAAGGACUCCUCAACAGCGUCUUCUCCUGCUCCUCACCUGCGUCCAAAGCCAUUGCCAAGCGGAGACUUCGCCAGACGCGGAGUUUAGACCCGGCCAUAAUCCGUCACUGCGGCACAGACGGGCAGAGCACCGUUCCAACUUUGGAUACAGGUGCGCCUAUGUCAAAACCACCUUUACGCAUCAAGACGCUUAGGGAACCAAUCUCUCCAUCCCUCUCCACGCCGUCCAUACCUUUGGAUAUCUCACCCUCGUCCAACUUCCACUUUGAUUAUGACUCGGUGAAGCGUGCCAAGCGGAAUACGGCGGGGGAUUUGCCGUAUCUGGUGAGAGGGCCCGGUGUGGCGUCCUCUGCCAGCACCGGUGCGCUCUUCUCCCCGAGGAGGUGGCUGCAGAAGAAGGCGCCCCCGUCAUGCUCUCACGCCUUCGUGGUGUGGAAGUCAGAGGGAGACUUCACGUGGAGCAGCCUGUCUGGGCGGAGCGUUCGCCUCGCCCCCGUGUGCAUCCAGAGCCUCUCCGAGCUGGAACGCGCCCGCCUCCAAGAAGUAGCCUACAACCGCCUGCACCAAGACUACGACCUGGGAUGCCAAAUCACCAUGCCCAAAGAUGGGCAGAAGCGGAAAAAGUCUCUGAGGAGGAAGCUGGACUCUCUCGCCAAGGAAAAGAGCAAAGAUAAAGAGUGCAUUCCCCAGGCCUUCAGCAUACCUCUGUCUCAGGUCAUAGCCAACGACAGAGCCCACCGACAGAGGCAGGAUGGGUACAGGCCCAACCCCCCACCCCGAGAGGAGCACAAGGACUCCUCCGACCUCGUCUCAUCCAUUAUACAGUUUGCCACUAAACGUCCAUCCAACAAGGAGCUAUCGUCCAGCAACUCCUCCCUGAGCUCCACGUCCGAAACGGCCAACGAAUCCACCUCCCCCAACACCCCCGAGGCCGCCCCCAAAGCCCGCCGAAGGGGCGGCAUGUCUGUGGACUCCAUCACCGACUUGGACGACAACCAAUCCCGACUGCUAGAAGCCCUACAACUUUCUCUUCCCGCCGAAACUCAAAACAAAAAAGAGAAACACAGAGACAAAAGGCUGAGUUUGAACCCCAUCUACAGACAGGUGCCCCGGGUGGUGGACAGCUGUUGCCAGCACUUAGAAAAAUAUGGACUGCAGACGGUUGGGAUCUUCAGAGUGGGGAGCUCAAAGAAAAGAGUACGGCAGCUACGCGAGGAGUUUGAUCGCGGCGUUGACGUGCAACUCGACGAAGACCAAAGUGUCCACGACGUUGCUGCGCUUUUGAAGGAGUUUUUGAGGGACUUGCCUGAUCCAUUACUAACAAAGGAACUCUACACCGCAUUUAUUAAUACCACAUUGUUGGAGCCAGAUGAGCAGCAGAACGUGACCCAGCUCCUGAUCCACCUUCUCCCAGCAUGCAACAGUGACACGCUCCAUCGCCUGCUGGAGUUUCUGUCCACUGUCGCCGACCACGCCCACGACCAGCAGGACAAAGAUGGACAAGAGAUCACAGGCAACAAGAUGACCUCCUUGAAUCUGGCCACCAUCUUUGGACCGAACCUCCUACACAAACUGAAGAACUCGGACAAAGAGUUCAGCGUGCAGAGCUCCGCGCGCGCCGAGGAGAGCACCGCUGUCAUCGCUGUUCUGCAGAGGAUGAUCGCCAGCUACCAGAGCCUCUUUAUGGUCCCUCCAGAUCUGCAGAACGAAGUCUUAAUGAGUUUGCUGGAGACAGACCCAGAUGUGGUGGACUAUCUGCUGAGGAGGAAAGCCUCACAAAGUUCAGACUUACUACAGCCAGAAGAACCCUUUACACUAAAUGAGCGGAGAUCGUCCAGUGACUCCAACAAAGUGUCCAGUGGGGAAGUCUCUCCGUAUGACAACAACUCCCCGGUCCUGAGUGAGCGGAGGGAGGCUGGGAGUCCUGGAAACGAGCCCCUCUUCAGGAUCCCGGAGCAGUACAGCCUGACGGGACAAGGACACAACUGGAACAGAGAGACAGAGACGAUAUCGGAGGAGCACGCAAACAUUUGGGGUACGUGGCACUCUACGCUCAAGCCCGCACUUAAGGACCAGUCAUACACAGGUUCCCAUGGCAACGUGUCCGAGGGCAGUUCCCGCAGCUCGCAGGAGGGGCUCGACGGGCUCCACGGCGACAGCAGACAGCACCCGACCACCCCCACCACCCCGACCACCACCAUCCCCAGACCCCACCUGCCCGUGUCCAGGGUGUGCGGAGGAGGGGCGGGCCGACCGCGCCUGUCAAUCAACACCAACAGCCAAUCAGUACGCGGCCCGUCCAGCUCGCAACAGGCCAGCGGGCACCCGGGCGCAAACCCUGCCUCCAGACUGCAAAGAGGGGUGCACGUGAGUGACGGAGAAUCGCCCCCGCCCUACAACGCUCACCACCGAUUGGCCACUUCGGUGAGCUUGCCGCAGAUAGCCACGCCCCAGAGACCGCCCCCUUCCCCCCUGCAGAAUAACUCGAGUACGGAUGGUCAGUUGGCGCCGCAAAGCCCAGAGUGGCAAGACUGGCAGAGGGAUCGGUGGCAAAUCUGGCAACUCUUAUCAUCGGACAAUGCGGACACUCUUCCUGAAACUUUAGUGUGAAGUCCUUCGUCAGAGCAUUCCUAUUGACAAUCACCAAGUUUAAAACCCACCUUCUGUCCAUCCUUUUUUGUAUGCGCUUUUCAUGGUGCCAUGUUUUGUUGUUUACCCGUGCAGCUGCUGCCUCUGACGAACUUUCGACAUCCAAGAGCCACUAGUCACCGAUGUACAAAAUGGAUGUGAAAUUGUUAUUGUUCCAGUCUUGUUUUUGGGAGACGAGAGCUUAAAAUGAAUGCCCACUUGAAAUACCUCAACAAACACUCAAAGCUCUCUCUACCACUUUGUUCCUUUCAAACUUCAAGUAUAGGAAAACAUUAUUAAUUUUUACGUUUAUGAACAAUACAACAGUCAAGCAACAUUAUGACCACUUGCGCGUUGCUUUGUUCACCGCUCUUUUGUCUUGGAAUGUUCUGCAGUAUGGUGUUGCACUUAUAUGUCUUGCAUUUAUUCAAUUACAGAGUACUUAAUACUUAUGUGUCUGGUCUAGUGGCUUUGUCCGCUUGUCUCCAUGGAGAUAUUUUAAUGGUAUACUGAGGUAGCCAGGCUGGCGCCACCUAGUGCCUCUGCUCAAUUUCAUUUCUUUCCAGCGACUAGGUCAGGAAUCAGAAUAUACAAGAUGAUUUGCAAGAACCCUGGAAGUGUGAGUCCGGGCACCAGCCAGUCAGUGAAUAGCCAUAUAUUCUGUGUUGGCAACGAUUCCUGAGAUUGUGGACGAAGUGAAACCAGCUGGUGAAUCAGGCUAGACGUGACCCUACUACCCUAAUACUGAGGAGCAUUAAAGGAAAAGUAAUAUCUCCUUGGAGACACCACCAGAAAGACUACCUUUAGAUUGCUAGAUGCUAGAACUCACAAUUUCACCUUGGACAAAAUGGGUCAGAUCCAUAGACUGUAUAUAUAAAUGGACAUAACAAAGCCACUAGCUGCUGUUUUCCAAAUAGGAAGUGAGCAUGGGGGCGCUUCCGGCUCCAUCGACUCUGGCUCCAGUUGACUUUACAUUGAAAAACUGUCACUAAUCUCUGCAACUGAGUGAGCCUCGUUUUGGUCGUAAAAUGUUCGUAUUAACCUGCUCUACGUGAUCCUGGUGUUUUUAUUUUGCUAUUUAAAAUCCCUAUUCCUAAUAUGGAGCUCCAGAUUCACUCGUAUAACUCCGAGCCUCUUGAGCUUCAUUUGACUGGAGCUGAACGCUAUAAGUAACGUCACACUCCCUUAGUCCACUUCUUUAUACAGUCUAUGGUCAAAUCAUUGCUCUUUUUUAUCAGUGUAAGUGGUCAUAAUGGUAUCUGAUGUGUGGAUAUCGACAAUAGUAUUUGCUGCUAAAUGUACAUUGUAUGCAUGUAUUCAAUAAUGUCCAAAAUAAUGAAUUUCGAGGGGAGACUUAUGUUAAUAUAGGAUGAACAAUAUACUGUAAAUAGUAUAAAUAAGUUGCCAUUCUACCUAAACACAAGCCCUUUAAACUUUUUUCCGUCGUUAAUAUUGAAUGUAACGUGCUUGACGAACUGCUCAACUAUAAUGCACUAUAGGCUGUAAGUUAGCUUUGCUCCUCCUGCCCUCUCCCAAUGCAGGACUAUGUGCCAAAGUCUCUCUCUUUUUGUAUUUUUGGAAUAUUUAUCAUUUUAAUGUCAACUUAUGCUUGUCACGUUUCAUUGUGGCAAAAAUAAUAUUGGAAUAAUAGACAGGAAUUGGUUAAUUUGUAAAAGUAAACUAGAGGAUCUAAAUAUGUGGAGAAAAUAAUGAUCAGGAACUAACUUGACGACAAAUGUGGACAUUUGCCGCCAUCUGGUGGUAGUUGUUGUAGUCCAUGUCUCUAUAUUCUACCAACAUUACUUUAGUUACCUAUUGUUUAACCAUUAUAUAGGACAAAAGUAUCAAUAUUUACCAACAGAGGAACAAGAAAGAAGCGGAAGCUACGUCUAAGCGAGAAAUUUGCAGGUUCAAUCCUCAAAUCCUCACGGCUGACUAUAUUUUCGGAUUCUGCAUGUCCUCUUUGUUACUUGCCAAAUAGGAUAUAGCAAAAUUUCCUUUAUCAAAAAUUUCGUGUCCAAAUUUUGAUGGUUGUCGUCGUAUCGGUUGGUUAAAUCUCAGUCCGCACUCAUUCAUUUAACGAAACAAAAAGCGUAUUUUUGACAAUUUCCUAUAGCUUGUGGGUAUUUGCUGGCAAAUAGUUCACACGUAAUGAAAUAUUAAUUAACAUUCUUUCUUAUCUGGAAACAUUGUGUAUAUAGUCACGUAUCGAGGCAAUGCAAAACCCUGUGGCGCCAUCUGUUGUUGAAUCUGUGCAUUGCGAUUCCUACUUUUUGUACCUUGUAAACUUGUAAGCUUUGUGGAUAUAAGCAAGCACCUUUUGUAAAACGUGUCAAACCUGUGUGAAAAACAAAACAAAAUGUGCCAUAGAACGACCCCGGUCCAUCUUGUAUUUCGUAUUGUGUAUUAUUACUAAUCCAUUUGUAUUGAAAAGGAAACUUGCGCUAAUUUGUCCCUGGCUCAGAGUUGUGAUGAAAUGUCUGGUAUUGCUUUUGUACUGUGUGUUGUCCUCAAUAUUCUGAUAUGAUGGAAUUAAAC